AACCGGAAGUACGUCCUAGAGCGUAGACGACGAGGUAAGAUGGCGGCAACCAAGAGAAAGCGGCGUGGAGACUUGCUGGUCAAAGCGAAGAAGCCAAAAAGAGAUGGAAAAGAUGCCGGGAAGCCAGCUGCGCAGCCAGGCAAGGCAGAAGAAGUGGAGGAAGAAGAUAGAGAUUGUAUCCCAGGCCCCGUUUGCAAGGGCAAGUGGAAAAAUAAGGAACGGAUUCUCAUCUUUUCUUCCAGAGGAAUAAACUUUAGAACAAGACAUUUAAUGCAGGACCUGAGAAAGUUGAUGCCUCAUUCUAAAGCAGAUACUAAAAUGGAUCGUAAAGAUAAAUUAUUUGUGAUUAACGAGGUAUGUGAAAUGAAAAACUGCAAUAAGUGUAUCUUUUUUGAAGCUAAGAAAAAGCAGGAUCUCUAUAUGUGGCUUUCAAAUUCACCUCAGGGGCCAUCUGCCAAAUUCCUUGUUCAGAAUAUUCAUACCCUAGCAGAACUAAAGAUGACUGGCAACUGCUUGAAAGGUUCUAGGCCCCUUUUAUCCUUUGACCCUGCCUUUGAUGAAUUGCCACAUUAUGCAUUGUUGAAAGAACUCUUAAUUCAGAUAUUUAGUACACCUCGGUAUCAUCCCAAAAGCCAACCAUUUGUGGACCAUGUUUUUACUUUCACCAUUUUGGAUAAUAGGAUAUGGUUUCGGAACUUUCAGAUCAUAGAAGAAGAUGCUGCUCUUGUAGAAAUAGGACCUCGUUUUGUCUUAAAUCUUAUAAAGAUUUUCCAGGGAAGUUUUGGAGGACCAACUCUAUAUGAAAAUCCUCACUACCAGUCACCAAAUUUGCAUCGGCGUAUCAUAAGAUCCAUCACAGCGGCAAAAUACAAAGAGAAACAACAAGUGAAGGAUGUUCAGAAACUGAAAAAGAAAGAGCCAAAGACUGUUCUUCCACAUGAUCCUACUGAAGAUGUUUUUGCUGUACCAGCUGAGGAAAAACCAAUAGAAAUACAGUGGGUAAAACCAGAGCCCAAAGUAGAUUUGAAAGCAAGAAAGAAGAGGGUUUACAAAAGACAGAGGAAAAUUCAACAGAAAAUGAAUAGAGGGAAUGCAAAAUGAAUCAGUGGAUAAGUAGUUUGUUUUUUCAGUUAUUGUAUAUUUGUAUUCUGUGUGUAAAUACUUUUAUUAUCCAAGACCGCUUUAAAUCUAAUUAGUAUGCCAUUUAAAAGAAAACUUUAAAUCUUAAAUUCAGUGAUUUUAUCUUUUUCUAAAUAAAAUAUAUCCAGAAUUCAUUAGUUA